CUCUCUUGUGAGUCACGGGAACUGAAAACAGAAGAAUUAAUUAAUAGAAAAAAUAUCUAGAGAACUGUCAUUUAUUGUCUUAACAAAGGACUUCCUGUGAUUUAUUAUAUAUUUAGCCAUCCACUUUUCACUUCAUGUGCAACUACUCGAAACUCUCCCUCUUUGUAGAUCUCUUUCUAUUUUCAUCUUUGAUAUUAAAUGGGUAGCUUGAUUCAUAACAACGGUAUACGUCCAGAACCAGAUGAAGAAGGAGAGUGGGGAAUCGAAAUCCAGGAGUCUAAGGCCAGUACUGUGGUGAAGAAAGGAGGGGGUGGAGCCUAUUUGACAUGGGAGAAUCUUGGAGUGGCUGUUUCAAACUCUUAUGGAAGUAUCGACAAAGAUGGACGAAAAGUUAUACUUACCGGUGCCACUGGUUACGCUAAACCAGGAGAAAUUCUAGCGAUUAUGGGCCCUUCUGGUUGUGGCAAGUCCACUCUACUUGAUGCUUUGGCUGGUCGGUUGGCUUCAAACGCAAGACACACUGGACGAGUUCUAAUCAAUGGUCGUAAAACAAGGCCUACAUAUGGUACUAUGGCGUACAUGACUCAAGAGCAAGCGUUAACAUGGACUCUAACCGUUAAAGAAACGGUCUACUACUCAGCUGAACUUCAGCUGCCUAAGUUGAUGUCAAAAUCAGAAAAGAGGGAGAGAGCUGAUACAAUUAUAAGGGAGAUGGGACUUCAAGAUGCUUUGAACACAAAAAUAGGAGGAUGGGGAACCAAAGGUCUUAGUGGUGGCCAAAAGCAGCGUCUAAGCAUCUGCAUACAACUCUUAACACACCCCAAGUUUCUGUUGCUUGAUGAGCCUACUAGUGGUCUUGAUAGUGCAGCAUCAUACCAUGUCAUGAAGCAGAUUGCCAAAUUAACUCGACAAUAUAAUAUGACGGUUUUGGCCGCUAUUCAUCAACCUAGUAGUCAAGUUUUCGGGCUUUUUGAUAAUCUUUGUCUUCUCUCUUCGGGGAAAACAAUAUACUUUGGUCCUACUCUCGCAGCAAAUCAGUUUUUUGUAGUAAAUGGUUUUCCAUGUCCCUCUUUACAAAGUCCCGCAGAACACUACCUCAUAACCAUCAACACUGACUUUGAUGAGGAGCUUGUUAGUGGAAAGGCUCGUGAUGAGAAAGUAAUCGAACUACUUUCCGAAUCAUACAAAUCAUCUGAGAUAUAUAUGGAAGUCCAACACGAAAUCUCUGUUAUAUGUCGACAGGAUGGAGACCCAUUUGUGAAAAAAGGAAGCAUGCAAGCUAGUUCCAUUACACAAUGUCUGGUGCUUGUAGAAAGAUCAUUUAUAAACAUGUAUCGUGACAUUGGAUACUAUUGGUUGCGACUUGGUAUAUAUAUUGCUCUGGGUUUUGCAGUUGGAACGGUCUUCAACAAUAUUGGUUAUGGAUUUGGCUCUUUACACGCUAGGAUAUCGAUGCUUAUGUUUGUUUCUUGCUUCCUCACCAUUUUGGCAAUUGGUGGUUUCCCUUCGUUUGUGGAGGAAAUGAAGGUCUUUCAAUGGGAAAGGUUGAAUGGGCAUUAUGGGGUUGGAUCAUUUGUAAUUAGCCAUGCCAUGUCUUCAGUGCCAUACCUACUUCUCAUAUCUUUAAUUCCAGGAGUCAUUGCUUACUCUCUUGUAGGACUUCAGAGAGAACCUGAAAAAUUCAUCUAUUUUGCAUUAGUCCUCUUCACAUCAAUGAUACUCGUUGAAUGCCUUAUGAUAAUUGUAGCUACCAUUGUGCCAAAUUUGCUAAUGGGAAUUAUAUCUGGUGCGGGAACCCAAGGCUUAAUGAUACUAAGUGCAGGAUUUUUUCAGUUGCCAAAUGAUCUACCUAAUGUAUUUUGGAGGUAUCCCAUGUACUAUAUUUCAUUCCAUAGGUAUGCAUUACAAGGAUUGUAUAAAAAUGAGUUUGAAGGACUUAAGUUCCCAGAGUACUUAGGAGGUCCUCCAACCAUGGAUGCUGAGAUGAUAUUGAAGGAUAUACUACAAAUUGAGAUGGGUUAUUCCAAGUGGAUUGAUCUUGUAAUUUUGCUUGCUACUUCGCUUUUCUCUGCACCCACCACCGGGCUUUUCAAGAGGAACCCGGGUAAGCGAUUCCUCCACCGCUCUCCGUCGUAUGCCGUCGAGUCCUAUGUGAAGCCUUGGACCGGUCACCUUCGCACCCUGCAGUUACAGAGGAACGAACUAAGCAGUUUCAGCAAUGGUGACCAACAUGUCUCACCAUCACCUCCUGUCAGCUGAUCACUACAGUUUCAGCAAUGGGAUCAAAGGCGUCUGAAAAAAUAUACCUCAAAGAGAUGAACGUCUUCCUAGCACAAGACAGAGUAAUACCAAACGAAGAAUAAAAAGGUUUGUGUUUUUUCUGGGUUUCAUUUUUUCUAAAUUAAAACUUAAAUUAUCAUCUUUUGUUGUUUAAUUUCCCAAAGCUCUGUUUCGUUUGUUCAACAAUUUGGAACUAGAAGAGAGGGUGUUGUCAUUUUUAAGGAAUCAACUGUCAACGGUUUUACUUUUCCUUUGAAGAUUAAUUAUUUCUUGGCCAUAUCCCCUUCCCUGUUUGAAUACGAUUGGAAAGAAAUACUCUAUUUAUAGUAAAAUGGUUCCAUGUACAGGUAGGUACUUACUGAUAUGGUUCUUUUUGCUCAACCUCCAAAUCUUGUCUCAUGUAAAGAAGUAGGAAAUAAUCCAAAGUAAAAGAGAAAAUAAGUUCCCAGAUGCAUGUGUGGUUCAUUGUUUCUUUGCCACUCACAUGUUAGACACCUUAGUCUUUAAGGGCAUUUGACUCUUUUCUUAAAUUUUGUCAUAAUUUUUUUUUGGAAAACCAUAUAUUGAAUCCACGUAGUAUUGAAAUCCAUUUUUAGUUUAUCACUAUAAGAGUUAUUUUCUCAGUACCUUUAUAUUUUACAUGCAUAAUAGCCAUUUGAUGAAAUGCCCCAAUGAAAUUUUGUUUUGUUAUAUGCAUUUUUUUAUUUUUAGGAACAUUCAAAAAUAGGUUGUCUGUUAAGAAUAGUCUUCUUUAUAAAUUAAAGAUGAUGCAAUUUUGUGGACCUCACAAUUAAUGCAGUUGAAUGUGUGAAUAGAUGCAUCUCAACUGGUGGUUGGAUUUCAAGUGACUAUGUUAAUUUUUUAAUAAAAGAGGAUUUGAAUGUUUAUUUGUUCAUUUAUUGUAGUUUUACUUACCAACUCUUCCAUUUAUAUGACCAUAAAGGGGACAACCUGACUUGAUGUUUAGAAUCAACUACACGGAUUCUUAGAUUGGAGAAGAUUAGAAAUGUACAUCAAGAACAAUAAUGGUUCAAGUACCCGUCAAAUUCAAAUUUAGUUUUUUUUUUUUUUUUUACAUAUUAGGCUAAUUCCCUUAUUUCUAAGCAAGAGG